AUGAAGCCCUCCGAGUUCAUGACAAAGGCGCUUGGCCUACGCACAAUACACGAAGCUAUUCUAGAAGGAGAUCUCAAACGGGUUAAGCGGAUCCUUCACCAGGACAAGAGCGCCGUGAAUACUCAGACCAUCAGAGAUCAGGUCACCCCUUUGCACUUGGCUGUGCUUAAUGGUUCCCUCGCGACGGUCAAGCUGCUUCUGCUAUGGAAGGCUUCCUUUAGUAUCAAAGACAAGAAGGGAUACACCGCGCGACAGUACGCUCGUUCAGCAACUAUAAGGGCAAAGAAGUUGAAGCACUACGAGCGACUUGGCUGGCAGCCAGCCAAAAGGAGGAACAGAAAGGCUCGGUUCAUUUCCACCAUAUUUCGCGAACCGGAAGCCCUUCGCGCAAUACUUUCCGCGAAUGACCAUCCUCUCUCAGGAUCCACGAUUCUGACAGACGGGAAGAAGCUGACAAUUCUACAGAAGGUUGUCAUUACGAGUCUGACGUUUCCUGUCCAAAAUUCUACCUGUGGCUUCAUCGCGUCAUAUAUGUCGGCUGUCCCGCAGAUGAUGGCAGUAAGCGGAUGGAAAGGCGAGGGGCGGUCCUCCACCCAAGGGGUCCUUCCCAAUGAAACAAUGACAGCUUUGGUCAGAUAUGCAUGCAAUAUCAUGGGUUUCCGGCUCUACAUGCAACCAUACGAUUGCCCAGGAGCGAGUGUCGUGCCACCGGAGCAUGUUGGGAGGUAUAUGGCUUCACAUAUUGAGAAGCAAUUAUCAACAGCUUGGGUCCUGAAGCUGCUCCAGGACUUUCUCCAGACCAGUGAUUUAGCCCGCAUGGGUGAGCUGAAACACAUCAAGCUACCCACCGAGCGAUCCGAAGCGAAAAUAUUCUUGAAUCACAAUCCAUGUGGCAGUUGUUUGGGCUAUUUAGCCAAGAUUCGUCGGGUGACUGGCAUCACCUUUGCCGUUGAAACCAUUCCGUUCGCAGUCCCCGGAAGUCGAACCAAGUCUACGGUAUGCUCCAAUUGCGGCGACUGCAAUAUAACAGCUGUUUUGCAGCCAAUCCCGCCAUCGGGUGCCCGAAAUUCUGCACCUGCCGCCGAGGCAGAGACAGAUUUAGUCGAGAGAGACAACGAUUACGGAGAACUCUGCCGACAACAUGCGUUCGACGAGGAUGGACCCAUGGUCGACUCCGGAUCGCUGGUUAGCGUUGAAGAUAAUGAGCUUCAAGAUGAUCUCCCAGUAAAGCCGAGAGCCGACGACGAAGAUCAGGUGGAAAUGCAAGAAGAAUUUAUAGCCCCGAUCGAGCCGAAGACCGCCACCGAACCAACUCGCCGGCAGGUCGUUGCUUCUAGACGGCUCCAAGGAUUGCUAGGCACCUCUCCUCCGGGUCACUGGGAGGUGUUCCAAGGGCAAAAUUUCUGUGCCAAGCCGUUGAAGGGUGCAAGAAAACGGCUAGGGCUCAACGAAGAGGAAUUCAACCAAUUCCUCGAAGCACAGUCUCCUCGACGCUUUCUGGGAUCGCCAAGGGUUCCGUUGAGAUCAAUCAAAUUUCGCACAACUCAACCCACAGCUCGCCUAGAGGUACUUGGCAGCCCUCUUGCGGCGCCGAACGCACAGGGACGGUCUGGCCAAGCGGUGAGAGAAGAGCAUUUCGGCCGAGUAUACAGCCAGUCUCAGGGAAAGGAGGAAAGGCGUAGCCUGCUAGAAGGGAGCGACGGGGCCUGCAUCAUACAGAAAGGCAGCGAACAACCCAUUGACUCGACCCAGGCCACCACCAUUUCACGUAUUCAGGAGAGGAGCGUGUUCGCCAAAGUUGUCAGGCAGUGUCAGGAGAAUCGGCAGCAUCAACAGCAGGCAAACAGCCAACAGCGGGAUGAGCAUGAGCUACAGCAGCAAGAGUACGUGAAAGAGUCGAUGCAACAUGGUGGGCACCCUGUGACUUCAAAGGAAAGAUCCCCCGAUGAUACAGAGUCUCAACAAGUCUUGAGAUCGAUCGAGAGACCUGUCUCCGCUGCUCCAUCCAGGGACGGCCUUAGUCUUGAGACCCCGAUUUACCUGGAGUAG